AUGAGGAGUAAACGUGAUAUGGAGCUGCCAGAAGACUUCUGGAUACCUGUCAGCCUGGACACAAACAACAUCACGUCACUUAGCCCUUUUCUGGUUCCACAGGACCACUUGGGGGAUACUGCCACCUUUUACGCCAUGGCAGUUUUCAUGUUAUUCAUAUUUAUUUUUGGCACUUUUAUCAACGCCCUUACCAUUGCAUGCACCAUCCAAUACAAGAAACUUCGAUCCCACCUCAACUACAUCCUGUUGAACUUGGCAGCAGCAAACCUUCUUGUGUCCACUGUGGGCUCCUUCACUGCCUGCUGCAGUUUUUCAUUCAAAUAUUUCAUCUUUGGUGCGCUAGCAUGCAAGAUCGAAGGUUUCAUGGCAACACUCGGUGGUAUGGUAAGCCUGUGGUCCCUUGCUGUGAUAGCUUUCGAGCGAUGGCUUGUGAUUUGCAAGCCGCUCGGUAACUUUGUUUUCAAGCCCGACCACGCUAUAGCCUGCUGUGCAUUCACUUGGUUUUUUGCAAUGAUUGCCUCAGCUCCUCCACUGUUCGGAUGGAGCAGGUAUAUUCCAGAAGGCCUACAGUGCUCCUGUGGGCCAGACUGGUACACCACAAACAACAAAUACAACAAUGAGUCCUAUGUGAUGUUCCUGUUCUGCUUCUGCUUUGCUGUUCCUUUGACCACGAUUAUCUUCUGCUACUCCCAGCUGCUCAUCACACUGAAAAUGGCAGCCAAGGCCCAAGCUGAGUCUGCCUCCACCCAGAAGGGAGAGGGAAGUGACCAGGAGGUGGUGAUCAUGGUGCUCGGCUUCUUGGUGUGCUGGUUGCCAUAUGCCUCCUUUGCUCUUUGGGUUGUGAACAACCGUGGGCAGUCAUUCGAUCUGAGAUUGGCGACUAUACCGUCCUGUUUCUCAAAGGCUUCAGCAGUCUACAACCCUGUUAUCUAUGUGGUCUUUAAUAAACAGUUCCGUACAUGUAUGUUAGCGAUGAUGGGGAUGGGAGGAGGUGAGGAGGAGAGCUCAACAACACAAUCGGUGACUGAAGUUUCCAAAGUCGGGCCUGCUUAGGCAACACGUCAAUGCUUGCUGAUUUCU